UUUCUCUGACCAUCAUGUCUGGUUACUGAAGAGAGACACUCGGAAAGCCCUCUCUUCUUUCGCCGCCUCUGUCUCGACUCUUUUGUCCCUGAUUAGUUAUAAGAGGGAGGAAGGAAGGCUGUUGUAAACUGAUUGAGUUUAGGAUUGCCUUCUAAUAUCGUUAUACUUAGUGAUAGCAAUUAGUGGUGAACUCUAAAGACUAGUCAAAAUGGUGAAGUUUACAGCUGAGGAGCUUCGUCGAAUUAUGGAUUUCAAGCACAACAUUCGUAACAUGUCUGUCAUCGCACAUGUCGAUCAUGGGAAGUCGACUCUUACAGAUUCUCUUGUGGCUGCUGCUGGUAUCAUUGCACAAGAAGUUGCUGGUGAUGUCCGUAUGACUGAUACCCGUCAGGAUGAAGCAGAGCGUGGUAUUACAAUUAAAUCUACUGGUAUCUCACUCUACUAUGAAAUGAGUGAUGAGGCACUUAAGAGUUACAAGGGGGAGAGGAAUGGAAAUGAGUAUCUCAUCAAUCUCAUUGAUUCCCCUGGACACGUUGACUUUUCAUCUGAAGUCACUGCUGCUCUUCGUAUAACCGAUGGUGCACUUGUGGUGGUUGAUUGUGUUGAGGGUGUCUGUGUCCAAACUGAAACUGUGCUUCGUCAGGCUUUGGGUGAAAGGAUCAGACCUGUCUUGACCGUUAACAAGAUGGACAGGUGUUUCCUUGAGCUCCAGGUUGAUGGAGAGGAGGCUUAUCAAACAUUUCAGCGGGUAAUUGAAAAUGCUAAUGUCAUCAUGGCAACAUAUGAAGAUCCCCUCCUUGGGGAUUGUCAGGUCUACCCUGAGAAAGGAACUGUUGCUUUUUCUGCUGGUUUGCAUGGUUGGGCUUUCACCUUGACAAACUUUGCCAAGAUGUAUGCCUCAAAGUUUGGAGUGGAUGAGUCUAAGAUGAUGGAAAGGCUAUGGGGUGAGAAUUUUUUUGACCCGGCUACCAAGAAGUGGACUACGAAGAACACUGGGUCUCCAACUUGCAAGCGUGGCUUUGUGCAGUUCUGUUAUGAGCCGAUCAAGCAGAUUAUCAAUACUUGCAUGAAUGACCAGAAGGAUAAAUUGUGGCCAAUGUUGCAAAAGCUCGGAGUCACCAUGAAGUCCGAGGAGAAGGAUUUGAUGGGCAAGGCUUUGAUGAAGCGUGUUAUGCAGACCUGGCUUCCUGCAAGCAAUGCUCUCCUGGAAAUGAUGAUCUUUCACCUUCCUUCUCCUUCCAAGGCUCAAAGGUAUCGUGUUGAGAACUUGUAUGAGGGUCCACUUGAUGAUCCUUAUGCUACUGCUAUCAGAAACUGUGAUCCUGAGGGGCCCCUUAUGCUUUACGUUUCUAAGAUGAUUCCAGCUUCUGACAAGGGUAGGUUCUUUGCUUUUGGUCGUGUAUUUUCUGGCAAGGUCUCAACUGGUCUAAAGGUUAGGAUCAUGGGUCCAAACUAUGUACCUGGUGAGAAGAAAGACUUGUAUGUUAAGAGUGUUCAGAGAACUGUUAUUUGGAUGGGAAAGAGGCAGGAAACUGUUGAGGAUGUGCCUUGUGGUAACACUGUAGCUAUGGUUGGUUUAGAUCAAUUUAUCACUAAGAACGCAACUUUGACCAAUGAGAAGGAAGUUGAUGCACAUCCCAUUCGAGCUAUGAAGUUCUCCGUCUCACCUGUUGUGCGUGUCGCUGUGCAAUGUAAGGUUGCAUCUGAUCUGCCCAAGCUUGUUGAAGGUCUAAAGCGUUUGGCCAAGUCAGAUCCUAUGGUUGUAUGUACCAUUGAGGAGUCUGGAGAGCACAUCAUUGCUGGUGCUGGGGAACUUCACCUGGAGAUUUGCUUGAAGGAUUUGCAAGAAGAUUUCAUGGGUGGAGCAGAGAUCAUCAAGUCAGACCCUGUUGUGUCCUUCCGUGAGACUGUCCUUGAGAAAUCUUGUCGGGUUGUGAUGAGCAAGUCCCCCAACAAGCACAAUCGUCUCUACAUGGAGGCAAGGCCUAUGGAGGAUGGGCUUGCUGAGGCCAUUGAUGAUGACCGUAUUGGUCCAAGGGAUGAUCCCAAGGCACGAGCUAAGAUAUUGUCCGAGGAAUUUGGUUGGGAUAAGGAUCUGGCUAAGAAGAUUUGGUGUUUUGGUCCUGAGACUACUGGACCUAACAUGGUUGUUGAUAUGUGCAAGGGAGUGCAGUACCUUAAUGAAAUCAAGGACUCGGUCGUAGCUGGGUUCCAGUGGGCUUCAAAAGAAGGUGCACUGGCUGAAGAAAACAUGAGGGGCAUUUGCUUUGAAGUAUGUGAUGUGGUUCUUCAUGCUGAUGCUAUUCACAGAGGUGGUGGUCAGGUCAUUCCCACUGCUAGGAGGGUUAUCUAUGCAUCUCAACUCACAGCUAAGCCCAGGCUUCUUGAGCCAGUUUACUUGGUUGAGAUCCAAGCCCCUGAGCAGGCCCUUGGAGGUAUUUACAGCGUUCUUAACCAGAAACGUGGGCACGUCUUUGAGGAAAUGCAGAGGCCUGGCACCCCCUUAUACAAUAUCAAGGCGUAUCUCCCUGUUAUAGAGUCUUUUGGAUUCUCCAGUACUUUGAGAGCUGCCACCUCUGGACAGGCUUUCCCACAAUGUGUGUUUGAUCACUGGGACAUGAUGUCUUCUGAUCCACUCGAAGCAGGUUCGCAGGCUGCACAGCUUGUUGCAGACAUCCGCAAGAGGAAGGGCUUGAAGGAGCAGAUGACUCCUUUAUCCGAGUACGAGGACAAGUUGUAAGCGGUUCAUCAAGUUGAUGAGCUGCAAAAUUUGCUAUUGCUUUUCAGUUUGCUCUCUGUUCCUUACAUUAUGAGUUAAUGUCUAGUAUUAGAUGUUUUUCAAUGGGAGUAGUUCAUCUUUGAUGCCACAUUUCCCUUUUAGGAGUUUUGAGUAUGAUGAGGACUAUUAAUUAUUGUUUUGCGGUUUUAAAGUUAUCAUGAUUUGAACUCUUUCGAGGAAUAUUUGCGAGAGUUGCUCUCGUUUUUCUU